AUGGCGUGGCUUUGCUCCAUUUUCGCCCUCCAAACCUCCCGGAGAGGGCAAGAAAAUCCUUUAGCUUCUUUACACAAGCUCGCCAACAGGAUGCCUUGUUCGGGAAGAAAGCGAAAAUGGAUGACUCUUAUUUGUUUGCUUCAACCCGUCCCUCCACGCAGCGCCGCGCCCCCCCCUCUCUCCUCUGGUCUUCUCUUCCCUCCCAUCCGGCUGCAGGGACAGGCCAGCCUCGUCCUGUCGGAUGCUUCGUUUCCCAUCCCACUCACCGAUCUGCAUGUCACGUUGGACCACAUGCUGACUGGUUCAGCGAAGAAGGGGCUAAUUCUGAAGCGCAAAAAAGCAGGGUUUGAUGAUACGGAGGGCGGUAAUGGGCCGUGGAGUCUUUUCCCGCCCGGUUCCUACAAGAAAUGCCCUAGUCCUGCGACUAGUCGCCUAGUCUUGCUAGUCUACGGACCUGACGGAGGAGGCUGCGACGAAGAGAGUCCACCCGUGCUGGCUCUGGGCUUCAGUUCAGGGCUUCCCUCCUUUUUUCUCUUUUCCCACCCCUCUUGCCAUUUUUUCUCUGUCGAUUUUUGUAUUUCCCCUGCUUGCUUUUUCCUUUUCGGUUGUGACCUUGUUGGUCUCCCUUGCAGAAGACUGACUCCACUGCUACACACACUAACGGAGUCGUACAUCCCCACUUCGGGCUUCCGGCGACCUUCUAGAAAGAGCUCGGAAGGGCAAUGGAAGGCUUCUAAAGCGUCUUUUUCCCCUCUCCUCUCCCCUUCCACCCCCCAUCGGCUUUGUUCAUAA